AGAUUGUAGAGGAAUCUAAACCGCAGCAAUUCCCCAAUCCCACAACACAACAAAUCACCACCCCCGCUAAAACCCAAACAUACCCGAUAAACCCUAAACCCUGAAACCUUGACGCCUGCUUUCAAUUGCUCAUUGCUGCACAAACGAUCGGGAAAAUGGCUUGGCGCAAUGCCGGAUCUCUGUCUCGCUCGGUCAUGUCUGCCGCAAGGUCCCCGUUGCUCCGUUCUCCACCACCAGUCCCCCGCAUCCGACUAUCUCCUUCCUCCGCCUCCCGCCUGCAUUCCCGUCGCCUCUCCUUCGCGCCUUCCAGGAAUUUCGGAGAACUGGGAUGUGUGUAUUCAUUCUUGCCUCUGCAUAGUGUUGUGUCCACAGUCCGUCUCACAUCCCACCUGACUGUCAACGCUCGUGCUUUUUGCGAGCUGUCUCAUGGUACUUGAUAGGCCAUUGGAUCAACAGAGCUGUGUGCAACAACAUAUUGAGACAGUGGGAGUGUAGGUUUGCCCUGCCGUAGUUAAUGGAUUCUGAGUAGGAAAGUUAAAUGAAACUGUCAUCUUUUGUGCUCCUUCCAACAAGAAAAAACCUAGCAUUUUCUUCUUUGGUGGUACUGUACUCUGUAGGCACUUCAUCUUUUUUUUUUUUUAAUUAACCUCUCAGUAUAUGAUAAUCACAUUGGGUCUUGAUUAAUUCAAAAUUGAGCUGUGUCUGAUUUCAAUAGAGGAAAACUUUUUCAACGUCUGUUUCUCUAUUCACAAGACUUGAAAUCAAGAUUUUACUUAAGA